UUCCUUCAUUCUUUACUUUUUUUUUUUUUUAAUUCCUCUGGCAGUGAGCCAUAUAGUGGGAUCUGACGUAGGAUUUUUUUUUUUAAGGCAUAUUUAAACUCUCACACACUUAUGUAAUGAGAAUUUCAGUGUCAGAUUUUUCUGCAGGAUCCCACUUAGUCUGUUAAGAACUGUCUAUUUAAAUGCUGCAGCUUUCAAUUGAAAACUAACUCUUGGCUCUUUUAAAGCUGACAAAUGAUUAAUGGAAUUGAUUCCUUCGGAGACUCCUCAGAUUGUUUCCUGUAAGAUCCCAUUCAUUUGUGAAUAAGAACAAGAUCUGGUUUAAAAAAAAAAAUACCUGAAUCAUACCCGGGAGUUGGACAGAGGAAGCCGAGGCUUCACCUCGCACAUCAGAAACAUGGGCUGCGAUCGGAACUGUGGGCUGAUUGCUGGGGCCGUGGUCGGUGCAGUGCUGGCCGUCCUUGGAGGUGUCCUCAUGCCAGUGGGAGACAUGCUGAUUGAGAAGACCAUUAAGAAGGAGGUUGUCCUUGAGAAUGGCACCAUUGCUUAUCAGAAUUGGGUUAAAACGGGUACGGAAGUUUACAGACAGUUUUGGAUCUUUGACGUGCAAAAUGCGGAAGAAGUAGAGAAGAACAGCAGUAACAUUAAGGUUAAGCAAAGAGGUCCUUACACGUACAGAGUUCGUUAUCUAGCCAAAGAAAAUGUGAUCCAGAACAGCACAGACCACACAGUGUCCUUCAUGCAGCCCAACGAAGCUGUGUUUGAACCCUCGAUGUCCGUUGGCAAAGAGAGCGAUACUUUCACGGUUCUCAACUUGGCUGUUGCCACCGUACCUCAUCUUUUUACAACUUCGUUCAUUCAAGGGAUGCUCAAUCUGAUUAUCAAAAGAUCAAAUUCUAGUAUGUUCCAAACCAGAACUGUAAAAGAAUUACUGUGGGGCUAUUUAGACCCAUUCCUACAAAUGGUUCAAUACAAUAUUGAUAAAACAGUGGGCGUGUUUUAUCCGUACAAUGGUACUGCAGAUGGAGAGUACAGAGUCUUCAAUGGAAAAGAUAAUAUCAGCAAAGUGGCCAUAAUUGACACUUACAAAGGGAAAAAGAACCUCUCCUAUUGGCCAAGUUACUGCGACAUGAUUAACGGUACAGAUGCAGCCUCAUUCCCACCUUUUGUUGAGAAGUCUCGAGUCCUACAGUUCUUCUCUUCUGACAUCUGCAGGUCCAUCUAUGCUGUGUUUGAGUCUGAAAUCAAUCUGAAAGGAAUCCCUGUGUAUAGAUUCGUUCUCCCCGCCAAAGCCUUUGCUUCUCCGGUUCAAAAUCCCGACAACCAUUGCUUCUGCACGGAAACAGUUGUAUCGCAUAACUGCACCUCCUACGGUGUGCUGGACAUUAGCAAAUGCAAAGAAGGAAGACCCGCAUACAUUUCGCUCCCUCACUUUCUACAUGCGAGCCCCGAUGUGUCAGAGCCCAUCGAAGGUUUGCAUCCAAACGAGGAAGAACAUAGGACAUACUUGGAUGUUGAGCCUAUAACUGGAUUCACUUUGCAAUUUGCAAAACGCCUGCAGGUCAACAUGUUGGUCAAGCCAGCAAGCCGAAUUGACGCAUUGAAGAAUCUGAAGAGGAAUUAUAUUGUCCCUAUACUUUGGCUCAAUGAGACGGGUACCAUCGGGGAUGAGAAAGCAAAAUUGUUCAAAAAGCAAGUGACUGGAAAAAUCAACCUCCUUGGCCUGGUUGAGACCAUCUUACUCAGCGUCGGUGUGGUGAUGUUUCUGGCUUUCAUGAUUUCCUACUGCGCGUGCAGGACAAAGAAAGCGAGAUAGAAAACAAGAGAGCUCAGCUUUGUGAUCCACUGAAGUCUUUGGUUAUGGACCUACAGAAUGAAGAUUCGAUCUGCUUUAAUUCUGCAGUACUUGCCUUAUCUUUUAGUUGAAGAAAUGAUGGCACUCGUAUUUUUUUUUUGUACCAAUCAGUGGUACAAUUCUGAAGAAUUGUUAAGGUGUCACUGAAAUCCACGCUUCGAAUGAAAGCCAGUGCAUUUAGAACUCAUGGCUCACGCAGUUGAGUUGAUUUUUGUCUCUGCAGCCCUCAUUCCGGCGUGACCACUGCGAUGAUUGGUUCUGAUUUCACAGUCAGGUCACUGGUGGCAAACUCAUCAACGUUCUCAGCAUAUCUUGAGCUCUGAACCCCUGCAUCUUCCGCCUCAAGCACCGUCAUUCUGGGAGCCAUCCUGCAAAAUUUCGUAGCAUGCCAACUGCAGGCCUGUCAGUGCCUUGAACCACAGAUAUUCUGAGAGACAUUUGAAGAUGAAAGAUAGAUGGCUGACUUGUGGGCCACGCAGUAGGCAGAACCUUUCUUUCUUUAUGGAAUCAUCCAUAGAGCAGUAAGCAAUAUUUCUCUUUUCUUUCUAACAAUGGUUUAUAUGGUUUGGGUCACCGAUUAUGUAAAUGGAUGUCAUUUCUAGCACACUUUUUAACAUCUAAUAUUUUAAGGACUUGGUCAUAUUACCAUGCUCUGUGUCUCUUCUGCAAAUCAGAUCUGGGCCUCCGUGCUCAGAUGUAACUUACACCUAGCAAACGCAGUAAGCUGUGUAUUAAGAUAUAAAAAUGAUAUCGGAAUUACUGUGCAGAUAAUUAAAGAUAGCAGCAUUUGUGUUCAUAGUUAUUCGUUGUAAUGUUUUACGCUUUUAUACGCAUUUUAGAAAGACUUGGUUUCAACCAAUAAAAGAUGCUUUUCCUUAAAUUACUUCA